AUGACCGACACCCAAGCGCUCGAGCAACGCCCUUCCGCACCCUCCACUGAUGACGAUCACAUCUCGCUCCCCCUCGUUUCUGACAACAAAAGCACCACCGACAGCCACAACUUUGCAACAGCUCUCCUUUCCAACGCUCAACACUCUACCUCGACCGAUCCACGAUUCAUUACCUCUCGCGCCGAACUUUGGUCCUUUUACGUUUACUAUAUCGGCAAUAGCGGUCUGGGCCCCUUCAACUUUGCUCCCUCGCAGUUCCAGAACUUGCUCUACCAGCAAGCAACCAACCUAGGCGACGGAGCAUGCGGUAAUGAUCGACAGCCACAUUGCCGGCUGGCAUUUGCUGGAAAGGAGAGGACUGUGGAGAGCAUUGUGCUGCUAUGCAAUGGUAUCAGCUUCGCUAUUCAGUGUCUGCUCUUCCUCGCCAUCGGAAGCUUUGCCGAUUAUGGAAAAAACAGGCCAUACAUCCUGAUCGCCAGUACUGUGGUUGCUAUUGCAGUUAGCUUUGCUUGGUUGGCAGUCACGACUCCGGACAAGUGGCAGAUUGCUAUUGGGCUCUAUAUGGUUGGAUUGAUCACCUAUCAGCUCAGUCUGAGUUAUUGGACUGCUGCUUUUCCAGCUCUUGCCAGGGAUCUACCGCAUAUGCGAGAGGCUAGACAGAAGCUUUUGGCCGAUUCGCCAUCCCUCAACUUAGCAAGCGACGACAAGACUCUCACUCCUGCCAACCAACAGCCCUCGCUCAACCAAGGUCGCAUGGCAGGCGACAAGUACAGCAUGCUCGAAACAAUGGCCAUCAACCGUAUCUCCAACAUCGCCUUCACCGUUUGCUCUGUCGGCGAGCUUGUUGCCCUCGGCGUCAUUCAGGCUAUGCUCGUCGCCAUUCACGCCGAUCGAGACCAAGUGUCCAACACCAAAGCGCUCAGCUACGUUGUCGCCUUCAGUGCUGGUGUCUGGUUGCUAUGCGCCAUUCCCUGGUUUGUCCUCGAAAAGCAUCGUCCUGGUCAACCCUUGCCUCCUGGCACCAACUACUUUACUGCUGCCGUCAAGCAAGCCUACCUCGCGGCUAAACACUUGAAGCAGCUUCGCCAAACCCUUAUCUACUUUGUCUUUUUCUUCCUGUUCAGCGAUGCACUGAACACAUCGGUCACAGUCAUCUCGACGAUUCAGAACCAGGUUGUCAGCUUCAGUACCACCAAGUUGAACCUUCUGUUGAUUGUCGGUAUUGCAGCCCAGGCAGCGGGUAUCUACGCGUUCUGGCUCAUCCAAAAACGCUUUCAGUUAUCGACAUUGUUCAUGCUCGUUUGGGUCGUCUUCUUCUCCAUCUUGUUGCAAGGAUGGGCGUUCAUCGGCAUCUUCACCCGACGUUUCGGCUUUCAUCACGAGUGGGAGAUCUACGCAUACCAAGCCUACUACGGACUCUUCGUUUGCCCUUGGUAUGCAUAUUCUCAGACCAUGAUCGCUGAAGUCGCACCUAAGGGGUACGAAUUCCUCUUCUUCAGUCUCUUUUCUACCGUCGGAAAAGUUAGUUCAUUCGUCGGCCCGCUCGUCACACAAGCCAUCGCAGACGACACAGGCAACGCCUCGACACCAUUUUACUUCCUUCUUCCACUCUCUAUUGCAAGUGCUUUACUUCUCUGGCCAUUAAACGUCAAAAUGAGCAAGCUGGAACAAGCGCGUUUCAUCGAGCAACAGGCAAAAGACAAGCAGCUCAAGCAAAGCGACCUUGCUGGUGCUCAGGUCAUACAGGAUGCCUGA